AUGGGCCCACCAACAUCACCAGCAGCAGCGGCAAGAACAGGGAACGAGGGAGGUGGGGGAGAUGGAGGAGGAGAAGAAGGGGGCGGGGGCGGGGGAGGGGGGGUGUCAGCACUACCAGCAGCGUUGCGGGAGCGGCUGCGAGCUCGAGGCAUUCUCAAGGAGGGUGGGGGUGGGGGUGCUGCGAAGAACCAUGCGGGAGGGGGUACGGCAACGGGUGGUAAUAGCAACGCUGCAGGAGCCAGCUCUGCUACGGCUGCUGCCUCCGCUCCCACUUCCUCUCUUCCUCCUGGCUGGUACGAGGGCGUGGACGGGGCAACAGGCGUGAAGUACUAUUUCAACGAGCACACGGGCAUGAGCCAGUGGGACCCACCGGUUACCGCGCCCAAGAGACCCAUCCCGCCCCCGCCUCCCCCGCCCGUGCUCACUCCGCUGCCCCCUGGGUGGGAGGAGGCUGUGGAUGCUGAAUCAGGCCACAAGUACUUCUAUAACUCCACCACCAACGAGACCAGCUGGGAACGGCCCAAGGCACAGAACGCAGGCUCAGGAGGAGCCGGAGGAGGGGGUGGGGAGGCAAAUGGGAAUGACAGUAGCAGUGGUGCUGCUGGUGGCAGUGGUGCGGUUAAGUUCAAGCGGUGUGCAGGCUGCCAGGGGUGGGGCCGAGCGUUGGUGCAAUCGUGGGGUUAUUGCAACCACUGCACCAGGGAGCUAGGUAUAGUGGUGCCUCCCGGUGCUUCCAAGAAAGCAACUGGAGCAGCAGCAGCAGCAGCAGCAGCUGCAGCAGGCGGGGCAGAGGAAGGGCUAGGGAGUGAAAGGGAGGCUGGGGGAGGGCCGAGAGCAGAACCAAAGAGCAGGCUCGGCGGCGUGCCCAGGCCCGGUGCGCACCCAGCAACGCGCAAGGUGCAGCGGAAACGAGCUGCAGCAGGAGCAGCGUCAGGAGGAGGGGGAGGAGGAGACGACAAGGACGAUAUUGAUCCCAUGGACCCAUCUUCAUAUUCGGAUGCCCCCCGGGGCGGAUGGGCGGUGGGGCUCAAGGGCCUGCAACCGCGAGCAGCAGACACCACUGCAACGGGUCCAUUGUUUCAGCAGCGCCCCUACCCCUCCCCCGGUGCUGUCCUUCGCCGCAACGCCGAGCUGACUGGAGCAGGAGGGAAAGGAGGAGCCGGGAAGGGCGGCAAGGCUGGUCCCACGGUGCAGGGCUAUGCUGUGAUUCGCAAGCGGGGAGAUGGGAGCGAUGGGCUGGGCGAUGCUGAUUAG